AUCCAUCCAUCCAUCCAUCGACUGACUGCAGCACAACACACUCCAUCCGCCCACCCACCUCCCGCUUUGGGGAGGCAAUAGGGAAUUAUUAUUGAUUUCGCGAGCCAACACAACACAACACACCAACCAGCAGCACAUCUAUCUGAUCUGCACCUACACCCAUCCAUCGCAUGCCUCCGAUCACAGUGACACCGCGGCCCAGACCAGACCAGCCCACCCCGGUCACUCUACUUCGUGUCCCUUCUUCUUACUUACAUGCCCCAGAUAGAUAAACUGACACAACCAACCAACCAACCAACCAACACACGCCCAGCUAACCUAUGGGAAAAACCAGCAGCAUCGAUCGCAUCCUGCCUGCCUGGUGUCUCGUCUAGACUACUGUCCACCCCCAGCCACGCCCACAGAGACGGACGACAUGACGUGCCUACACACAGGAAUCUACCUACUACGUCGGCUGCUUGAGCUCACUGACGGCAGUCACGCUACUGCUGCCCAUGGCGGCCUUGGCGGGAGCUAGACCGCCACCGCUGCCGCUGCGCUUCGACCGCCGGUGGCUGUGGGGUUUCAGCCUCACCAAGGCAUUCACGCUCCUCCCUGCCGCAUCCGUUGUCGACGAUGGGGCCUCUCCCCCGUCAGCCGAGGGAGCCGUGGGCAGCGGUAAGUUGGGGUUGAUGAUCGUGGGGCCGCUGACAGACGAUGCCGUGAGAGACAGGGGAGGGGAACUGAGGGCUCUGGACCGACGGCGCUGCUCCCUGUCCACUCGUCUCUGUGUGGGGGUCAUGGACUCGCCCCCACUCUCCACGCCACUCCCUCGGCUGCUGCUCUUAACGCGCGCGUGAUGUGGCCGCAUGGGCGGGAUGAGCCCUGGAGAGAGCGACCGAGGGCUGCUCGAGGGGGCCCUAGGCGGUUUCACUGCUGCUGCCGCUGUGGCCGAUUCCUGCUGGCCUCUCUGCCUCAGCUGGUCCCUGGUGCCGCUGCCGCCCGUAGUGUUGCUCAUGCAGUCGUCAGCCAGCGGAGGGGCCGAGACAUCUCCGUCACACAUGACAGUGGGUGGCAUCAUCCGCGACGAGGGAGAGGGCGACGACCGGGUGGUCAUGGCGUCGCCCUUGUCAUUGACAGGGAUCAUCUCUUCGAGGCACAGGACGACCUUGCGCGAUGCAGUGCGGGGGUGUAGCGCGGGCGAGGGAGGUGUGGGGGUGGAUGGGGGGGUUGGCGGGUCGUCAGGGUCUUCGGUGACAAAUUGGGAUGGCUCCGCGAGAGUGGCCACUGAUGUCGUGCUGGCGGGGGACACCAUGUCGUCACACGCCGUCGUGUUGGAGUGAGAGUCCUCGCCCCCCCCUGACCCUCCAGCAUUGCCACUGCCAUUGCCGUUUUCUUCCUUUGCCGGUCCCUCCGUGUGUUGCUCAUUCGCGGCCAGCAUCAUGCCCAUGGCCCCCUCUCCCUCGGUGCCAAAAGUGGGGGUGGGCAUCUCACUCGGCGUGUGGGGGGAGGACGCGCCCCCGUUGGUGUAGUAGUACGCCCCACAGUGGCGGGCAUAUCUGCCCAGCUCGGUCGUGAUGCCGUCGCCCUCCCUGAUGCUCUUGGACGACGCAGAGGCGGAGAGCAGGGUCCUCUGCGCGUCGUCUGCCGCUGUGGCAGCGGCCUUCUUGGCCCUGCAGCGGCGGAUGAUCACGACGAUAGCGAUGAUCAUGACGGCGAGGAGGCCCUCGCCGCUCAGCAGCACCCACACCCAUGCUGGGAUGGACGAGGACUCGUGCUGGGCGUGGGUAUCGUCUCCUGUUUUGCCGCUCUUGUCGGCGUCAUGGUGGUCGGUGAGCAUGUCCGCUGACGCGAAAGGCGGGUGGGCGGAGUCGAUUUCGAAGAGCGACUGCUGGUGCAGUGCUGAGAGAGGCGACUGGACUGCCGACCUCCAUUGCUGCGUGAUCGAGGGAAGCCGGAUGGCCUCGAUGCGGUCCAGUACCACACUGACACGAAAAAAGAGGGAGGCAAAACAAGCGUUGUGAGGAUGGAUGGCAUGUUGUGGGGCUUCCAUCCAUCCAUACCGUAUAACAACGAUGACAGAUCCUUGUCUGAAGGCUUCGACGGUCACCGCCCGCGGCGAGACGUCCAGGGUGCGAGCCACAAGACCCACCAGCUGACGACUGAUGCUCUCGCGCAACGAAUCACUCUGCAGACAAAUCCCACACAGGGUGAUUCAUGAGUGCACAUGUGUUUAUGAGGCCAUCUUCCCCUCCUUCUAACCUUGAUGACUUUGCUGUACUCGUAGUUGGUCAGCCUGAGGCUGAGCAGGUGUGUCUCGCCCACCAUCUCCCCUGCACUUCCACCCACCUCCCCAGUGAAGACAUGGGGGUCCUCCCUGGCCAAGGCGGCCGACCCACCGGCAAUGAUGAUCUCCUUCGGCAGUGACGUCACGGGCGUUGCCGUCGGCUUGCUCCACCGACCGUCGGGCGCACGAGAUGGUGCGUUGUUGUGGGGAUGGUCAUGCUGGUCCUCCUCUGACCGGUUCCUCGCACUAGUGUUCUCUGUCUUGGCUUCCUCCGUUUUGUUGCUGUCGUCCUGUGAGCCCUGCUGCUGCUGCUGCUGCUGGUCCACAGACAGGAUGAAAGGUCUCUCUGCAGACGCGCUGCCCUCUGCGUCGUCGCCAGGGGUGAGUGCCGGGGAUGGCGAGAGGAAGUCCCUCCCCUCUUGUGUGUCGUUGCCGCUUGCCUCAGCAGGGACAGGAGUGGUGGGCGCCAGGGUGAGGGGGACUGGGCUGGUGGCUUUGGGUGGUGGAGAAGGAGGAGGUGUGUCCCGCGGCUCUGGGGGCGGCAGCAGGUCUUUCGCAGAAGCAAUGACGACCCCUGUGCUCUCGGCCUCCUGUGCGUUGGUCUCCUCGCCUUCACUCACAGCAGGGGGAGGGGUCGUCGGGAUCUCUGCCUGCGUCGCCGCCUCAUGUUCAUCUUGCUCUCGGUCUUCUCGCUUUGGCUUCUGCUCUUUCGUCGAUGCGGUGGGCUCCUCCUGCUGCUGGCCGUCGUGGUGGGGGAGGUCUCCUCUGCCGUCAUCAUCUUCUUUUGGACGCAUCUCUGUCUUCUCAGCCGCAGCCGCCUCUGUGCCCUCCUUCGUCUUCUCGGCGAGCCGUUCUUCUCUCUCUUUCUCUCUCCGCGAGCGGCGGCUGGCCCUUGCCUCUGCCUGGAUGGAGGGAAAGGUGGAGGUGUCGGAGCCGUCGCCACGUGCCGCCUGGAUCUGCAAGAUGGCGUCCUCCUCCUCCUCAGCAGCAGCAGGCUGCGGAGUGGUCGCUGCUGCUGCAGGCCUAUUGGCUGACGUCUUGUCGGCCUUGCUGUCCUUGUCGUCUUUGUUCUGCGCUCGUUCCGCCUCUUCUGCCAGCCUGGCCGCCUCCUCUUGUCGCUCUUCCUGCUCCUCCUUUUUCUUCUCUCUUUUUUCCUUUUUCUUGGCGGCGUAGCUGCCCUCGGUGUGGGGAACGGGCAUCGAUGGCUGGGUGGUGUUGCGGGGGGCCGUGGUGGGGGUGGGCGGAAUCACCUGCACGGACGACUCCUGCGUCCGAGGGGCGGGGUCUGAUGGAUGGACGGACACAUACACACACACACACACACGUGGAGCGGAGCGUGCGUGUACUGUACGUGGCGGGGCGGGGCGGGAGUGUUCAUGCGUUGUGGAUGUGUGUGUGUGUGUGUGGUCACCCGUCGUGAGAGGCAGCAGUGCCACAGCUUCCUUCCUCCUCUCGUCGACCAUGUCCUCCCCACUGCCCCAGAUGAAGAGCCCCGCCUGCCCGCCCUCGACCACCACAUUCUCCGCCCGAAACACAGCAUGGUUGCCGUCGAACGUCCCCGCGUUGGCAUGCCACCUCUUGGCGUUGAGCUUCUUCUUGCUGAAAGUGUCCUCGUACAGCGACUCGUACGCGAAGCGCAGCGGCAGGAACUUCCACACGCGGGCGUAGUUGAUGACCGACGCGGCAGCGAGGGAGGCAUGAGAUGAUGGGGGUGUGAAUGUGCCGGCGUAUGUGGCGAGGGAGGGCGAGACGGGCCAGGUGGCGAUGCGCAGGUGCAUGGGUGUGUCGAAGUGCUUGGCCACGCUCAUGCCCUCCCGGCGAAUGAGCUGCCCGUCGACGUAGAACUCAAUGGCGUCGUUCAUCCACUCGAUGGCGAACCAGUGGAACGGCGACAGGAAGAACUCACCGGAGCCGUCGGAGCUCUCAGUGACCAUCCCAUUGUAAUACUCGCUGUAGUAACUCUCCUCCCGCGCCCCAAGAGCCUUGGCGCCCGACUUGUCGCGCCUGCCGGCCAGCACUGUCGGCCGCGAGCUGUCCUCGAGGGAUGGCGGAGGUGGCGGUGUCGGGAGCGGCAGCGGGUAGAUGGCAUCCUUCCUUUUGGAGCCGUAGAUGACAUUGGUCUGGAUGAACGGCCGGUUGGUGUCCCUGUUCAUGACCUCCAUGCUGAUCUCCCGCCAUUCGUCGCGGCCGUCCCGCCCGUUGGAUGGGUCGGCGAGGUAGACGGCCGUGAUGACUCCGGGAGAGUCAGACGGCUUCAGCUGGCACUCAAACCGCCCGUACCUGAAGGCAUCCUGCGACUGGAUCUCCGCCGCUGUGAAGGGUUUCUCCGACACCGGCCGCGUCUUGGGUGCCCCAUGGCCUGAGAGGGCUGCGAGAAGCCACACGAGUGCUGACCAGACAAACGGCCGAAAAACGGUACUAUGCUGGGGGGACAUGUCCGCUGGCCGCGAUGGAGCCGCGCAAGGCUCCACGUACCCUCAAGCCAUCGUCUUCACGCCCAAAAUCG